AUGGAAGGGGUUUACACCAAACAGAAAUAUUUUUUCGUGUUUCUUUUGUCUGCCAUGGCAGGCACAUUGGUGCAAGGCCAAGGCACCCGCGUUGGUUUCUAUUCACGCACUUGUCCUCGUGCUGAAUCCAUUGUUAGGUCGACAGUUCAAUCUCAUUUCCGCUCUAAUCCUUCCGUUGGUCCUGCAUUACUAAGGAUGCACUUCCAUGACUGUUUUGUCCACGGUUGCGAUGCUUCUAUACUUAUCGAUGGGCCUAACACUGAGAAAACAGCUCCUCCAAACCUUGGUGUGAGAGGAUAUGAAGUUAUUGAUGACGCCAAGGCACAGCUUGAAGCCGAAUGUCCUGGCGUUGUCUCAUGCGCUGACAUUGUUGCCCUUGCUGCCCGUGAUUCUGUAGUUCUGGCAAACGGACCAAAUUGGCGGGUGCCCACAGGGCGCAGAGAUGGGAGGGUUUCCUUGGCAUCAGAUACUACCACUUUGGUCGGUUUCAGGGAGUCUGUAGAUUCACAAAAGGAAAAGUUUGCUGCAUUUGGUCUAAACACUCAGGAUCUUGUUACGCUUGUUGGAGGACACACACUGGGAACAACAGCUUGCCAAUUCUUCAGCUACAGACUAUACAAUUUCACUACAACUGGAAAUGGUGAUGACCCAUCAAUCAACCCUGCAUUUGUCUCCCAACUCCGAGCACUCUGUCCACAAGACGGUGACAGGACAAGGCGCGUUGCGUUGGACACAGGCAGCGCUAAUCGAUUUGACUCGUCUUUCUUUGGAAAUCUGAGGAAUGGUCGGGGCAUUCUUGAGUCUGAUCAAAAGUUAUGGACUGAUGCUUCCACGAGAACCAUUGUUCAACGCUUCUUGGGUGUUAGAGGCUUGCGAUCAUUGAACUUCAACGUUGAAUUUGGACAAUCAAUGGUGAAGAUGAGCAACAUUGGAGUGAAGACGGGUGCUGAGGGUGAAAUUCGCAGAAUUUGUUCUGCAAUUAACUGA